AUGAGCCGCGCGUCGGCGGCCAUGCGGAGGCUGGGCAGCGGCAUCGUUGAGGCGUGGCCGCACCCGGACUCGGAGAAGCUCUGGUGCGAGCGCAUCGACGUGGGCGAGGAGGCGCCGCGCGAAAUCGCCUCUGGCAUCCGCGCCUAUUACGCCGAGCCGUCGGACCUCGAGGGCCGCUCGGUGCUGGUCGUGUGCAACCUGAAGCCGGCCAAGCUCGGGGGCUUCCCCUCGAACGGGAUGGUGCUGUGCGGCACCUCCGCCGACGGCUCCGUCGUCGAGUUCGUCGAGCCGCCCGCCGAGUCGCCGCCUGGCGAGCGGGUGCGUGUCGAUGGCGCCACGAUGCCAGACCCCGCCUCGCCGAACCAAGUCAAGAAGAAGAAGCUGCUCGAGACGGCGACUGCCGACCUGCGCGCCGCGGACGGCGUCGCGACCUACCAGGGCGCGCCGCUCGUCACCGACGCCGGCCCCUGCCGCCUCCCUACUAUCGGGUCGGGCACCAUCAGCUAA